AUGGCUGUCGAGCUGUUAUUUGCGGAUAAUGCCCUCGCCAAAGCUUCGGUUGUCAGUCUGUUCCUACUCGGAGCGUUCCUCGGUUGUUCUGCCAGCAGCACGGUGGCUGACAGCGCUGGCAGGAAAAAGGGAUUCCAGAUCUGCAGCGUGCCCAUCCUGAUUGGCUCCAUUCUCUGUGCCAUGGCAUCAUCACUCUCUCUGGUCGUCACCGGCCGAUUCCUCUUGGGCUUUGGUCUGGGCAUGGCCAUCCCCAUCAUGGCCCUCUACAUUCCCGAGAUCUCUCCACCGCAGCAGAGAGGCACGUUCGGCGCCAUCCCUCAAGUCCUCACAUGCUCCGGCAUUCUGGCCGCCCUGCUAGCUGCCGCUCUCCUGCCAGCCUCAUCCUGGCGCAUGUGCUUCUGGAUCGCUGCAGCGCCUGCAGCGCUAUUCUGCAUGGCGUGUGAAUUGCUGGUGGACAGCCCCAGGUGGCUGGCGCAGGUGAGAUAUGGGGCACGGGAGGAUCCGGGAAUGGAAGCAUGGCAAGGUGAAACCCACCAUGGACAAUCUCCCUUCCACCCAUGUACCCCUCUUUCGAGCAUGGCGGUUACCUCCUCUCAUCUCUUUCUUUCUUCUCCCCCACUCUCCCCCAACCCGCUGCCCUGCCGCUUCCCCCAGCACGGCAAGUGGGCAGAAACAGCAGCAGCGGUGACCCAGCUAUUAGGAGAGGCGAAGGUGAAACCUACCAUGGGCGAUCUGCUUCACUCCUUUGGCACAGGCAGUCACCCCCCCUCAUCUCCUUCUAUACCCCCCCCACCCCAAUACCCCACCUUCCCUACUCCUCUACCCCCACCCUCAGCAUGGCAAGUGGUCAGAAGUAGCAGUAGCAAUAACCCAGCUACUGGGAGAGGCGAAGAUGAAAGAAACCCUGGACGAUCUGCAUCACUCAUUUGGCCAGUCAACCCUCUCUUUCCCAUGGACGAUCCUCUUUCUCCCUUCCUUUCUUCUCCUCCCUUGCCCACCCUCCAGCAUGGGAAGUGGGCAGAAGCGGAAGCAGCAGUAACCCAACUAUUAGGAGAGGCGAAGGUGAAAGAGACCAUGGACGAUCUGCAUCACUCCUUCGGCGGAGGAGGCAGCAGGGGGCAUGGCGCAGGGUGGGAGAGCGGGGCUAAGGGGGAAAGCAAGGAGGGGAAGGGGGAGCAGCAGGGGAGGGUGUAUGCAGUGUUGGGGGAAGGGGAGAAGGGGAAGGGGGUGGCUGUGGCGGGGAAAGGGGAGGAGGAAGGUUUGGUGAAGGAAUGGGGUCCGGUUGUCACCAUUGGAGCGACUCUAUUUGCCCUGCAGCAGCUGAGCGGCAUCAACGCAGUAUUCUUCUUCUCCUCGCACCUCUUCAAGUCGGCCGGAAUUCAGUCCGGCGCCAUGGCUAGCGUUGCCAUGGGCACACUGAACCUCGUGGCUUCUCUGGUGUGUUCUGCUCUCAUCGACCGUGUUGGGAGAAAGGCCCUCAUCACAGGAAGCUUCAUUGGCAUGGGCCUCUGCAUGGCAGUGCAAGCAGCAGCGCAGGUGCUACCCUGGAUGGCGCCCAUGGCUCCGCUUGUCACGCUCACUGCCACCCUCGUUUAUGUGGCCUGCUUCACCAUGGGAGCCGGGCCUGUGCCGGGCCUGAUGCUACCUGAGAUGCUGCCGAACCACAUCCGAGCCAAGGGCAUGGCCUUCGCCAUGUGUGUGCACUGGGUCUUCAAUUUCAUGGUCGGUUUCUCCUUCCUCCCUCUUAUGGCUCGCUUUGGCCAAACCACCCUCUUCUCAUUCUUCGCCUGCGUAUGCUUCGCCGGUGCACUCUUCACCGCCACGUCUCUUGUGGAAACAGUGGGUCGCUCUUUAGAGGAGAUAGAGGAGCAGCUGCUGCCUCCAGCGUAA